ACAAAUAAUUCCAGCUUUACUUUGGAGGGUUUCUGUCAAUUAUGAAUUCAGUCAACAUUUUGAAAGCAUGUUUGAACAGGGUAUGAAUCGUCAUAUAUGAUAUGUUGAUAUGUGAAUGUUUAAUUGAUUUAUGUGACCCUUGGUUGCGAAAAUAAUUAUUUAUCAUCUGCAUGUACAUCAUGCACACAUGCAGUAUCAAAUUACAGUAACGGAAUGGCUGAAGCUUCGCCUCACGUUGUUGUCACAUCUCUCGAUGACGCUGAAAAACGAAUAACGGAUUUUGAAGUUGAGACAGUAACAACUUUUACUAUAUUUCGUCGGAAUAAGGGAUUCAGAAAAGACAUAAACGGCUUAGCUGAACACAAAGUAAAAUGGGAAGAUGUUAGUCGUGGGGAAGGACCAAAGAUUCAGUACAAUGGAACCCCUUUUAUAAUAUUAGGAUGGGAUGUACGAGAGUGUCAGUUUGGUCCAGACCGAAAUGUGAAGCAAAAGCAGAAGUAUCAGUUGGAAAAGACUUUGGAAGGAAAAAAAGACCAUUCCUACACACAAAAAGGCAGGACGUUGCUGCAAAACACCAAGAAGCAGGAUUGUCCUGCGAGAAUUCACUCCAAAAGAAUUUGUAUUUUUCCAGAAUAUAAGAUCAAUGGUCCAGACUCCAUUUGGAAAAGAAAAGACCAGUCACAGAGACUUAAAGCAGCCCUUAAAGAUAAGAAGAACAAAGUGGCAUGGAAAGAGGAGAUCCAUAUACUUUUUCCUUCCCAUGAUGAUCAUAGGAAUCAUGUUACUGGACAACUUGCAGGGUUUUGUCAGCCUGUCGACAAAGUAAUAAAGAAAAAAAUCCAAUGUCUAAUGGAUGAAGGCGUCACCAAAGUAGCCGAAAUGAAGCGUCAUCUGAAGAGUUUUAGUAAAAAAGAUCUUGGAAAGACAUCCACACAGAAUAGACGCUUCUAUCCAUUAGAUAAAGACAUCAGAAAUGUUAUGGACUCAUAUAAAAACCAAACAAGAUUUUCCAAGGAUGAUAAAGAAAAUCUUGAGCAGUUGUUGGAGAAAUAUAAGUCCAUGAAUGAAAAAGACAGCUUCUAUCUUUAUAUCUCUGAAACUGAAGAUUUCCUCUUUGUUGGCCAGACAGAAUGGCAAAAAAGAUUACUCAAUAUAUAUGGUCAAGAAAUCUGUUUGUUGGAUGCAACAUACAAAACUACAAAAUAUGACCUACCAGCAUUUUUGUAUGUGUCAACACCAAUGUUGGUUACACUAUUGUUGGCUGCUUCAUUACUGCAGAUGAAACGAAGAAGUCAAUAAUGAGAGGACUG